AUGGAGCCCACCAACGAUAUCAAGGGCCUCAUCCGCCAGUCACCGCCCGUUGAUGUGUCUAAGCCCUACGAUGCCACAACUCUCAAGGGCAAGACUAUCGUCAUCACCGGUGGUGCUAAUGGUCUUGGCUCUCACAUGGUUCGCGAAUGGGCAUCCCAUGGUGCAAAUAUCAUCAUCGGCGAUGUCGCUGACGCAGCGGGCGAGCAGCUCGUAGCUCAACUUGCAGCUCAGUAUCCUGACUCGGCCUUUGCCUUCCAUCAUUGCGAUGUCACCGACUGGGAAUCACAGGUCAGUCUCUUUGAGACGGCUGUUCACGUCAGCCCUCAUGGAGGCAUCGAUAUUGUCGUUCCCAACGCGGGCAUCAUCCUUCCCGACGUCUCCAUCCAAUUCGAAGAGCCUGUUCUCAAGAAUGGACGUCUCCCAAAGCCCAACACGGCUCAGUUUGAUGUCAACAUCACGGGUGCUGCCUACACCACUCACCUCGCCAUGUACUGGCUCCCUCAGAAUGGAUCUUCCCCGCGAGAUCGUUGCCUGCUUCUCGUCGGCUCGCUUGCAUCUCUGUGCCCUUUCCCAACUCAAACCAUGUACACGAUGAGCAAGCAUGCUAUACUUGGUCUCUUCCGCACUCUUCGUGCUACGUCGUUCCGGAGUGGCGUUCGUGUCAACAUGAUCACUCCCUACUAUGUCUCCAAGUCCAACAUGCUCAAGCUCCCCAUCGAAGCAGCCUUCCUCUCAGGCACAGCAGGCGGGGCAAUGAUCGAGGAUGUUAUUGAUGCUGCCACUCGCCUCAUAGCUGAUGAAGAGAUUGCGGGUCGUGCGCUCUGUGUAGGUCCCAAGCUCAAGUCCGCUGGUGUGGAGGGUGUGGAGGACGUGGAUGCUCUCAUGGCUGUCCAGGACUCUGAGAACAACGGUCAAGGGCGCGCUGUGUGGGAGUGUUACGCUGAUGACUAUGACAACGUCGAUGCGUUUGUGAAACGCUUCAUCCUACUUCUGAACGCCGCUGAGAGAGUCAAGGGGUGGUUUGGUAUCUUCACUGACAUUUGGGGCAUGCUGCGACGCAAGUGA